UCUGCAAAACAUAGUGGCCAUGGUGCAAGAGCACCCAGCUGGGAUCCCCCUGAAAAAGCUGGCUGUGUUGUAUAGCCAGACCUACCACAAGAACCUGACUUUAUCCACCUUGGGCUUCGAUUCCAUGGCUAGCCUGGUAGCAUCACUGGAUAGGGAUCUCAUUGUGAAGGGGGAGCUAGUGUUUUAUAUAGGCCAACGCCGUGAAACUCUGGAAAACAUUGUGGCCAUGGUGAAGGAGCACCCAUCAGGGGUCCCCAUAAAAAAGCUGGCUGUGUUGUACAGCCAGACAUACCACAAGAACCUGACUUUAUCCUUCUUGGACUUCGACUCCAUAGCUAACCUGGUAGCGUCUCUGGAUAGGCAUCUGGUUGUGAAGGGAGAAUUGGUGUUUCACAAGGACCACAUGGACAGUGGAAGUCAAGCUAGAGCUGGGGCAUCAGCAAAAGCUCCAGGAGACGGCAAGAAGAUGGAGAAUGUUCAGGAAAAUAUAGUGGCCAUGAUGAAAGAACAUCCAGAUGGAGUUCUCCUGAAGAAGGUGGCGAUAGCGUACAGCCAGAAAUACCACCACAACCUGGUCGUAGCCUCAUUGGGAUUCAAAACCAUUUCCGACCUGGUAGAAUCCUUGAAAGGGGAUCUGGUUGUAGAGGGCGAAGAAGUGUUUCAUAAGAUCCACCAUCCUCGAAAUCGGCAUGGUUCUGGGACGUCAGCAAAAGCGACAGAGGGCAGCAGGCCUGCGACACCACAGAGAACUGAGGCACCUACUGAGAAGAGCAGCACUACCCCUAGUGUUCCUGUGCAACUGGCGACUCCCCCUGUAUCAGCAUUUAGCUUUUUAGGUUCUCCUUUGUUUACCACCGGCUCCUCUUUGUUCUCCACCCCAGUUCUUACUGUUAACCCUGUCUUGACCGGGUCCAAGCCAGCUGAGAAAUUGACCCAACAGCAACUGUACCUGAGGGUUUUAGAGGUGAUGAAGAAGUACCAGCUGAUUUCUCCUUCCAUGGACCAGCUGAAAACUUGCUAUUUUCGGCUCUUUGCUGAAGAGCUCCCUAUUGCGCAGUACAUGUCUCUGUAUGACAACUGGGAAAUGUCUUGCUCUAAAAAGCCACUGAUUCAACCUGAAACGACAGCAGAUCGAGUGACUGCUCCAUUGCAGACAACUACAGCAGCACUAAAUCUUAUGAAAGAGCCUGGAAAAGAGCAGCAGCAGCAGCAGCAGCAGCAGCCCAUUGCGUCCAGCUUAUUCAUUGGCUCUGACUUUCCAGCGCUGGGUGCAGAUGUGACCAAAGAGCAGAAGAGCAAAACAAGAGACGCAACCCCGAAAGAGGGCAGUACCAUGGUCUUCAGGGAGUCUUAUUACGCCCAGCUGAGAGAGGUCCAUGGAGCUAAUGUGCGGGCAGUGGAGGCCAUGGAGGAGGACGACGAGGAACUCAUGGGGAGGAGGGGGAACAGGGUCCCAGAUCACGAAACCAUCAACAACCUGAUGGAGGAUGUGAUACGAGACAUCGCUUCAGAGGGAGAGCUGGUCACCAGAGAGAAGGUGAUAUCCAGGGCGUGUAAGCUGAUGCAGAUUUCUUCCUUCGAGGCAUCAAGGAUAAAACACUGGAAGAUUCAGGCUCUGAAAGACCUGCAGUAUCUCGUCAAAGAGAUCAACAUGUUCAUAGAGGCUACUGAAGCAGUGACAUCCAUCUGUACUCUUUACGAGCUGGGCCAAUCACUGGCCGGCCUGAAGGACAAGAAGCGCUACGAAGAGCUGAACCUGGGCCCCCUCUGCAAACUCCCCCUCGUCCACCGCAUGUUCAAGAUCGACGGCAACACCAAGGACGAUGAUAUUCACCAGAUCGAGACAGCAGACAUCUUAAAGCAACUGCGCAUUUUUAGGAAGAAGCAGAGCAAGCCCAAAGUAGACCUGGCUGAGUUCAUGAAGUACCUGUCAGACCACUACAACUGUGAGUCUCCCUUCGAGCUGGGCAUCAGGAUACACAGUGUCGGGCUGCCCAUAUCGACUCUGAUGAAGGUGAGUAGGAACGAGCACGCCAUCUUGGAGCAGGCCAGGGAGGCCAUCCAGAGAGAGCUGGAGGAGGAGACCUACGAGCGUCUGAGGAAGAUCAAGAAGAGCGUGCUGGAGCCGGUGCAAGGCGUCGCUUCCUUCUCUGCCGCGGGCAACUUGGACCUUAGGAAGAAGUACGUCUCCAUGUCAGCAGCCGAGGUGGCGCUGGCGGUCUUCACCAAUGCAGAAGGGGUGUUCAGUCCCAAGAUGAACAAGCACAUCCAGAGCUUCCUGGUGCAGGUGUCAGGCGACCGGCUGGCGAGGGCUCUGUUCCAGCUGGCAAUCUGUGGGGGCUCACUGGCUGUCCCACAGGACCUGGUGGCCAAAGAUAAGGCCCCCAAAAACAACCAACAAUCUAAAAAGGAGGACAAACCCGCCACAUCCCUGCCCAGUGAAGCCAAGGUGAAGCAGUACCUGAAAGACAACCUGUCCUCUCACAACUCGGCCAUCACUUUGGCCCACAUUGCCGCUCUGGAGAAGAAGUUGAGCAAACACUUCCAGGUCAAAGACUUCCCUGCUUUAGAGCAAGGCAACUACUUGGACUUCCUGGUUAAACACAUUCAGCUGCUGCAGGACGCACUGGGUUCUUCUUUGAUUCUGAGCAGCAGCAGCAUGGACCUCGCAGGCAGUGGUUUCAGACCCAGCAGACAAGACGUGUUUGAGUUCAUCAAACAGUGUGGCAACAUAACCUCCACUGAUCCAGAUGAACUCUCCCACAUUGAGUCUGCGCUGCGUUCCCACUACAAGGUCAGAGACAGUCGGGACCUGGGCCACGGUACUCUGCAGAUGCUGGCCAGACUUGUCCAGCUCCAGAGAGAUCUGGCUGGAGGAGGACUGAGCCCAGUCUUCUAUGAAUCAGCCCUGUUUGCCAAACAGGCCAAGUCAAGUGCUGAAGGUGGGAUUGGGGCAGUAGGGUGCCUAGGUGAGAUGUCCAAGAGCCAGGCCCUGGCCAGCUUGCUCUCCUGCCCUCUGCUGGAAGAUUUAAGUCAGUGGAGCCAAUGGGAGCUCAUCUUCAAACCCCUUCAUGGUGCCCUCAAAGAUUUCAUCGAAAGAAACGCAGCCGAUACAGGUUUGGCUGCUCUGGAGGUGAUACCAGGUUUGCUGCUCAGGAUCACCACGCACACAGGAGACAAGUAUUUCUCCAGCGCCGCCUCGACCCUCGACCCCAUCGGCACAGCCGGUCACCUGGUAUCCAUGGUGGUCGCUGACGGGAUCGACAACGCCCCCACAGCCCUCCUGGCCAACCACAUGCAGAGCUCCCUGGCAGCAGCUGUGGCAAAAGAAGAUUUGUCCCGGGCUGACGAGGACGUGUCGUGUUACACCACGGUGGCCAAAUUCCUUUUGGGGUGUUUGACACGAAUCCCCACCAGAACAUGCCAAGCUCUUCUGCAGCAGGUGUUUUUGGAGCCUUUCUCCCGCGUCUUGGGGCAGGCCAAGUCCAAACAAGUCCUGAUGGCCGUGGCCCAGUCCGACCCGAAGCACAUGAACUGCCUGCACCGACUCGGCAUCGUCAUGGGCAUCACGGACUGGAUCAAAGACUAUCAGAAAAAGCUGACCUCGCCACAGAUCCAACACAUCAGUGUGCACACACCAGCACCUGUGGACCAUAUCAAGUCUAACUUGAUAGAUUCUGAGAGCAGCAGUCUGUCAGCUCUGAACAUGAGUGAAGACGAGUAUUUGGAGGAUAACAUCAUGGACACCAGCUUUGCCUCCUCCCAGCUCAACCACAGUCUACAGCAAGUCAACGGUGAGCAUGAAGAAGAGGUGGAGGAGGAAGAGGAUGGAGAGGAGCUGUAUGAGUUUGCCUCAGUGCCAAACGGAGACACAUCGGACGUCAGCAGCGAAGUUGAAGGCGGACAGAGCGAAGAACAGUCAGAACUGUCUGAUUCCAAUGAAAAUGAGACUCCAGUCUGCCAAUCAGAGACCACAUUAGAUCUCCAUAGAGCCUUGAUUGAGGAGAUCAGGAAAAACGAGUUUGGAAUCGGUGUGGAACUGAAUGCUGAAGGCCAGAAGCUGAUGCAGGUCCACCAAGACAGGCUGGGACGAAGCUUGGACCGCCUGUCCACCGAACUCUACAGCAAAGACACUCACUUUGUUCUGGAACUCAUUCAGAAUGCUGAUGACAACAGUUACCCCUCGGAAGCUGGGGUCAUUCCAGCGCUGGCGUUCGUGGUGGAGAAGGACUGCAUCACCGUUCUCAACAAUGAAACCGGCUUCCAGGAGAAGAACAUCAGGGCCAUCUGUGAUGUGGGUCGCAGCACCAAGGGCAAACACAAAUAUGGAUACAUCGGACAAAAGGGCAUCGGUUUCAAGUCCGUGUUUAAAGUCACAGACUGUCCUGAGAUCCACUCCAAUGGCUUCCAUCUGUACUUCAACAAGACCUGCGGCCCCAUGGGAUACAUCCUCCCCCACUGGACUGAAGAUGAGAGGCCUGUGGAAGCACAGCUCAAGGACUUUAACCAGCAAAGCUGGACCACCAAGAUCUCCCUCCCUCUGCGCUCCGAGAGCCACCAGACCCGAAACCUGUUCCACGAUGUGCACCCCUCCCUGCUGCUCUUCCUGCACCGCCUGCGCUCCAUCUCCAUCUACAAUCAGAGCGAGAAGCGUCACGUGACAAUGACUCGUAAAGACCUGAGCCACAACGUGUUAGAGGUGGAGCACACAGAGGGAAUCGAACGCUGGCUUGUUGUUAAAACCACUCUGCAGCCCAAGAAGAUCAAAGAGGACGUGGAGUCGACCGAGCUCGCCCUGGCAUUCCAGCUCGGCACUAACGACACAGGAAGUGAGAUCGUGUGCCAGCCUGAGAAACAGCCCGUCUUCGCCUACCUGCCCCUUCGCAGUUUUGGCUUCCGCUUUAUCAUCCAAGGUGACUUUGACAUCCCUUCUUCUCGGGAGGAUGUGGACAGGGACAGCUCGUGGAACCAGUGGCUUCGAUCUGAGAUCCCACAACUCUUCCUCCAGGCCAUGGAAGUGUUCACUAAUCAUCCAGAGUUCAGAGGGAUGAAGGGCCUCUGCCAGUUCCUGCAGUUUAUCCCCCUCCCUGACGAAGUGCUGGACUUCUUCAAGCCUGUUGCCGGGCAGAUUAUUCAGCUGCUCAAGGGCAAGGCCUUCCUGCCUACCCUCAGCUCAGAUGGUAAGGUUGUGUACAAGCUGCCGUCCCAAGUGGCCGUCUGUCAGGACACCGUGAUCCGAGACGUGAUUGGAGGAGACGAGCUCGAAAGGCAUCUGUCUCUGUCCUAUCUACAUCCCGGGCUGAGUCCCGCCCCGCCCACCUCCCUGCUCUCUCACCUGGGGGUCCGAUACCUGAGGGGGUCCGACGUUACUACGGUAACCACAGCCAUGGCCAAGGAGCUGAUGAGAGCAGGAAGCAUCCAUUCAGAGAGUGGACUGCGUCAGCUAGCUAGGCUGCUGGUUUGUAACUUCCGAGCUAUGGAGCAGGGCUAUGGAGAACUGGACUCCAUCUUGCAGAGUCUAAAGGAUCUACCCAUAAUCCCUCUGGCUGACGGACGUUUGGUGGCACUGAAUGGGGAAGGAGUGUUCUUUCCAAUGGAGGAAAACAAGACCAAGAAAAAGAAAUCCGUGGCUCAGACUGGACCUUUGUCUGCCCUGUACAAGGAUGUGAGCGUGGUCCACCCCUCUCUGCUGAGCUGUGUGGAUCCUCUGGAGAGUCAGCAGGUUCGAGAGCUGCUGAGAAAACUCGGCGUUCAUGAACUGGAGCCUCAGGAGCUGCUGGAGCAGCACAUCUACCCUUCAAUACAGAACAACAAAUGGAAGUCGAAGCCUGAGGCGGUGGUGGUGAGUUACUUGGUUUUCAUCAAGCAGCAUUCCUCAUCCAGCCGGGAGUACUCAGACAUUGCAGUACCCGUCCUCACCAACAGGGGUCUGAAGGUUCCACAACUGGACAGAGUGCACUACUCUGAGGAGUACGGCAACAUCAAUCUAGCAGAGAAGCUGCCUGGCAACAAUUGGGUUUUGCUGAGUCCCUGCUACGUGCAGACAGAUGGCGAUGUAGCAGGAUGGAGAGAACUGUUCAGCAGCCUGGGAGUCAGAGACGGCCUCAUAAUCCGCAAAGAGAGACGAACGCUCACCGCAAAUGAACUGGCCUCCAGCCCCUGGUCAAUGGAAAGUACAACAUGGCACCAAAAUCCAGGAGAGGACUGUGUGAUCGAUGACUACCCCUGCGAGGAGUUUCAUGCCCUGGCCACAGCCCAGGUGCAGGGCCCAGGCAUCCUGCAGCAGAGAAUGACCUUGCUGGAGCUCCUGUCAACCAACUGGGAUACUGGACAUUGCUACUCUCAGUACCUCACAGCCCAGGUGAUUGACAGUGAUGGACGACCUACCAGAAAGACCAAGUCCUCCUUCUACCACUACUUGUGUCGUCUUGAGUGGGUGCCAGCCUAUCGCCUGCUGGAAGCGCAAAAGAUAGAGAGAAAGUACCUCUGUCCAAACUCAGUCUACCUGACCUCACCUGAUAUCUCCAGCCUGCUGGGGACUCAUGUCUUUUAUGUGGACAUGGACGCCAGUGAGUUCAGCAGAGCCCUAGGAAUGAGACAAACCAUCUCGGUCGAUGCUCUGAUUAACUACCUGAAGGAAUGGUGUGUCAGACCAGAAUCAGAUGACCCUGAGCAGAGACUAGCUGAGGAUGAGUCAGAGGGGGCGAAUUUCACCUCCACAGUUCAGCACAUUCACAACGUCUACACCUAUCUGCAUAAAAACUGUCCCCAGAGCAGCCUGAAGGAGCUGUUCCAGCAUACCCCCGCCGUAUUCAUAGAGUACAACAGGCGUAACGAUGGCUGGUGUUCUGGACGCUUCUACCACCUGAAAGAGGUGUGCUGGAGUGACCCGACAUCAAUGUUCCAGCGCUACAAACAGCUGACUCAUGGACCGGACAGCCCCAUCCAGGCGCCCAAAGUUCUGGCGCCUUUCUACUACCCACUGGAAGGAAUGAAAGACUUCUUCAUGAGACUGCUGAAUGUGGACGACAGCCCCAACAUGAAGCAGUAUGUUGGAUUGUUGGAACUGAUCUGUUCAUCAUCUCCCAUCCCAACUGACGAAGUACUGCAGGACGUGUCGGUGCUCUAUGCCAGACUUGCUCAAAAGUGUAAAGUUCAACUGUCUGGAGACCUGGAUAACAUGCCUCAGUUCAAUCCCAGUUACUGCUCCACUUUGAAAGGUAUGGUGUCUGAUAAGAGGGUCUUCCCCACCAAGGAGAGCACCUGGGUGAGUCUGGCACGUAAACCCAUGAUCGCUGACAACAAAGAGCUGGAGAAGAUCUUUAAACCUCACAAGCAGGUCUGCCUGCUCAAAUUGCCGCCUGCAGAGAAGAAGACUACACACAAGAGCAAGACUGGGACCUUUGGAGAACAAACAAAAACCAUGCCUGCGUUCAAUGAGGUGGACAGGUUGUCCUUCAUGGAGAUCUGUGGUAUCCGCCAACUGUCCCAGUGUGUCAACACAACACCCGAUACAGAGAGCCUGAGGCCCUGCCCAGCCAUGCAGGCCAUGGUGCGCUCUGUGAUCCCCUACAUCCAGAGGUUCCUCUACCACCACGACGAGCUGGCCGAAGUCUACAAAGAACUGGUGGACGACAACAUAGGAGAGAAAAUAAAUCGACUUUCCUUUGCACAGGUGGGCAAACUGUACAUUCGCUACCAGCUGGAUGUGGCUGACGGUGAGGAUCCUGUGCUGGAGAUACAGGAUGUCAUCUGUCUGCUGAAGGACAAGAAGGAGCUCUACAUCCAGAAAGAUCACCUCUCAGCCAGGCUGGACAUCUGCAGGGAGCUGGUGAAACUGUUCUGCACAGAGAGCGGCCACAGGAAAGAGCUGAUGCAUUUCCUGAGCGGCCUGAUAACCUCGCUCAAUGACCCAGCAGCGUUGAAGAGGUUCUUGAACAAGGAUGACAUCAGAGAGCUGCCCAGUGAGGAGGAGAAGUGGGAAGUCCCAGAGCCUCCUAAACCAGAGAUCCCCCUGGACAGAGCGCCGUCAAGAAGUUAUUCCUCCAUCGGCUCCCCGGAGGAGCCGUCUCGCCCCCCACAAGCGGACGGGGAGCAGACGCUGGCUUGCUGGCCUCCACGAGCCUCUAUCUUCAACACAGGAAGCAGUCGAACAGGCCAGUCUGAUGGAGGCGUAGUCGAAGCCGUCAUGAAGAUGUGGCCGCCUCCAGCUCCGCCUAAAGACAGAGACCCAGAGAGAGAGUUCAUCCACAGAGGAAGCAGCCUCGGCAUCCCUCAGAGUCCCAGCAGCAGCAGCAGCAUCAGCAGCAGUUUUGAGGGGAACCAGCCAAUCAAAAGCACCAGCAGCCGACCUUCAGACCAGCCAGACCUUCAGAGAGCCGUCAGUCAUCCAGGCCAGCAUAACACUGCUGCUGCUGUGAACACCAGCACUCUACUACCUUCAGAGCGCAGUCAACAGAGUGAGACCACUGAGCAUCACAAAGCGGAGGCUGGAGAGGAAAGCCUGAAGGCUCCCAGAGCAGCACACAGUCCUCCAUCUGCACAGCCUGCUGAGACAGCCAGCGAGCAGCCCGCUCCAAACAGCCUCUCCGUCCCCGAGGCCGUGGUGCUUCCCAGCACAUUUCAGGGGAUGGCGGAUAUUCAGCGUCCUCCUCUGAACCUGGACUUCCCCCUCUGGAACAAAGCCCUGCCCCUGCAGACCACGCUCGAGGACAUGGAGCUCAACUGCCAGAGACCCUCCACCGUGGUGUUAUCCGAGGACCCCGGAGACGUGGCGGCCAUCGGCGAGUGGGGAGAGCAGCUGGUUAACUCCUUCCUGUGCCACUGGAGAGACAGCGGCGACCCCGAGCGACCCUCGCGCAUCCUGUGGUGCAACCAGAGCGGAGAGAGCGGCCAGCCGUACGACUUCAAGCUCACCUUCGGACCGGAGGGAGGAGAGAACGACGGGGUGGUGUACGUGGAGGUGAAGUCCACCAUAAAGAAAGAGAAGUCGUUCAUCCACCUGUCGGCCAACGAGCUUCACUUUGCACUGAAAGAGAAGGAGCGCUACCACAUAUACAGAGUGUACAGCGCAGGAGACGCUCUGAACGUUCGCCUGUGUCGCAUUCAGAACCUGGCGCAGCAUCUCCACACCAAAGACGUGGCGCUCUAUUUGUUUGUAUAAGUCCUUUUUAAGUCCGUGGAGAUAUUUGCACUAUAUAAACUCACACCACACCGACGGGCCAAAAUCUGCUGCCUGAAAGUGUUUUUUUAAUGCCUUUUUAAGUUCAUCCAAUCUGCACUGAUUUUACUUUUUUUUAACGUGCUAAUGUUUAGUAUCUACUGUAUUCGUUUCUUCUAAAGUUCUUUUGCCUGCCAAUGAGAAAAGUUGCACAUUUGUUUUUUUCCAUUUCAACUGUAGUUUUCUAGUCUAGAUGUCCAAUUUUAAAGUUACCUGUGGACACUGAAUGUUUUUAA